CACAGUCCAGAGGGACAGCGCCCAGAGCGCGGAUAGAGAGACCCACAGCCUCACUGGCCCAGGACUGGGACACAGCCGCCAGGGUCCCCUUCCCCCUCCUCGGCUCCCUUCCUGGCCCCUUUAAGAAAGGGCUGAUCCGUUCCUCUCUGAGUUAACCCCUGACAGUCCAGGUGGCCCCUGGGCUCUGGCCCCGGUGGGCGGAGGCAAAGGGGGAGCCAGGGGCGGAGAAAGGGUUGCCUGAGUCUAGGAGUGAGAGAAGGAGGCAGGGGUGCUGGGAAGGCGGCUGUGAGCCGAGCCGGGGUGGGGGGGGGAGAGGGCCCCCCUGCCACUGUGCCAGGCAGGCAGUGCCAAAUCCGGGGAGCCCGGAGCUGGGGGGAGGGCUGGGGACAGCCCGGCCCUGCCCCCUCCUCUGCAGGGAGCCCAGCAACUUCUGAGGAAAGUGUGGCACCCGUGGCGUGGCGGUGCACCAGGAUGGACAGGGUCCCGCUGGCCUGGUGCUUGGUGCUGUGCGUCUGGGCGUGCGCGGCCCCCAGGGGCACACAGGCUGAAGAAAGCCCCUUCGUGGGCCACCCAGUGAAUAUCACAGGUGCCCGGGGACUCACAGGGACCCUUCGGUGUCAGCUCCAAGUUCGGGUUCGGGGAGAGCCUCCCGAGGUGCACUGGCUUCAGGACGGACAGAUCCUGGAGAUCGCAGACAUCACCCAGACCCAGGUGCCCCUGGGUGACGAGGAGGAGAAUGACUGGAUAUUGUUCAGCCAGCUCAGAAUCGAGUCCCUGCAGCUUUCAGAUGCAGGACAGUACCAGUGUUUGGUGUUUCUGAGAGAUCAGUCCUACGUGUCCCAGCCUGGCUACAUAGGGCUGGAGGGCCUCCCUUACUUCCUGGAGGAGCCUGAGGACAGGACUGUGGCUGCCAACACCCCCUUCAACCUGAGCUGCCAAGCCCAGGGACCCCCAGAGCCUGUGGACCUACUGUGGCUGCAGGAUGCUGUCCCCCUGGCCACAGCUCCGGGUCACGGCCCCCAGCGCAGCCUGCAUGUUCCAGGACUGAACAAGACUUCCUCUUUCUCCUGCGAAGCCCAUAAUGCCAAGGGGGUCACCACAUCCCGCACGGCCACCAUCACAGUGCUCCCCCAGCAGCCCCGUGACCUCCAUCUGGUCUCCCGCCAACCCACGGAGCUGGAGGUGGCUUGGACUCCAGGCCUGAGCGGCAUCUACCCCCUGACCCACUGCACUCUGCAGGCAGUGCUGUCAGACGAUGGGGUAGGCAUCCAGGCGGGAGAACCAGAUCCCCCCGAGGAGCCCCUCACCUUGCAAGCAUCCGUGCCCCCCCACCAGCUUCGGCUGGGCAGCCUCCAUCCUCACACCCCUUACCAUAUCCGCGUGGCAUGCACCAGCAGCCAGGGCUCCUCACCCUGGACCCACUGGCUUCCUGUGGCGACACCCGAGGGAGUGCCCCUGGGCCCCCCUGAGAACAUUAGUGCAACUCGGAAUGGGAGCAAGGCCUUUGUGCAGUGGCAGGAGCCCCGGGCACCCCUGCAGGGUACCCUGUUAGGGUACCGGCUGGUGUAUCAAGGCCAGGACACCCCAGAGGUGCUCAUGGACAUAGGGCUAAGGCAAGAGGUGACCCUGGAGCUGCAGGGGGAUGGGUCUGUGGCCAACCUGACGGUGUGCGUGGCAGCCUACACUGCUGCUGGGGAUGGACCCUGGAGCCUCCCAGUACCCCUGCAGGCCUGGCACCCAGGGGAAGCACAGCCAGUCCACCAGCUGGUGAAGGAACCUCCAGCUCCUGCCCUCUCGCGGCCCUGGUGGUAUGUACUGCUAGGAGCAGUCGCGGCCGCUGCCUGUGUCCUCAUCUUGGCUCUCUUCCUUGUCCACCGGCGAAAGAAGGAGACCCGUUACGGAGAAGUGUUUGAGCCAACAGUGGAAAGAGGUGAACUGGUCGUGAGGUACCGCGUACGCAAGUCGUACAGUCGCCGGACCACUGAAGCCACCUUGAACAGCCUGGGUAUCAGUGAAGAGCUGAAGGAGAAGCUGCGGGAUGUGAUGGUGGACCGGCACAAGGUGGCCCUGGGGAAGACUCUAGGAGAAGGAGAGUUUGGAGCCGUGAUGGAAGGCCAGCUCAACCAGGACGACUCCGUCCUCAAGGUGGCUGUGAAGACAAUGAAGAUUGCCAUCUGCACGAGGUCAGAGCUGGAGGAUUUCCUGAGUGAAGCCGUCUGUAUGAAGGAAUUCGACCAUCCCAACGUCAUGAAGCUCAUCGGCGUCUGUUUCCAGGGUUCUGAACGAGAGAGCUUUCCGGCACCUGUGGUCAUCUUACCUUUCAUGAAACAUGGAGACCUACACAGUUUCCUCCUCUAUUCCCGGCUUGGGGACCAGCCAGUGUACCUGCCCACUCAGAUGCUAGUGAAGUUCAUGGCAGACAUCGCCAGUGGCAUGGAGUAUCUGAGUACCAAGAGAUUCAUACAUCGGGACCUGGCGGCCAGGAAUUGCAUGCUGAACGAGAACAUGUCCGUGUGUGUGGCGGACUUCGGGCUCUCCAAGAAGAUCUACAAUGGGGACUACUACCGCCAGGGACGUAUCGCCAAGAUGCCAGUCAAGUGGAUUGCCAUUGAGAGUCUAGCCGACCGUGUCUACACCAGCAAGAGCGAUGUGUGGUCCUUCGGGGUGACGAUGUGGGAGAUUGCCACAAGAGGCCAAACCCCAUAUCCAGGAGUGGAGAACAGCGAGAUUUAUGACUAUCUGCGCCAGGGAAACCGCCUGAAGCAGCCUGCGGACUGUCUGGAUGGACUGUAUGCCCUGAUGUCGCGGUGCUGGGAGCUGAAUCCGCAGGACCGGCCAAGUUUUGCAGAGCUGCGGGAAGAUCUGGAGAACACACUGAAGGCUUUGCCGCCUGCCCAGGAGCCUGACGAAAUCCUCUAUGUCAACAUGGAUGAGGGUGGAGGUUAUCCUGAACCCCCUGGAGCUGCUGGAGGAGCCGACCCCCCAACCCAGCCAGACCCUAAGGAUUCCUGUAGCUGCCUCACUGCAGCUGAGGUCCAUCCUGCUGGACGCUAUGUCCUCUGCCCUUCCACAGCCCCCAGCCCCCCUCAGCCUGCUGAUCGGGGCUCCCCAGCAGCCCCAGGGCAGGAGGAUGGCGCCUGAGACAACCCUCCACCUGGGACUCCCUCUCAGGAUCCAAGCUAGGCACUGCCACUGGGGGAAACUCCACCCCCGCCCCCUGACUCUCCCACCCCAGGCCUUAUCCCCACCUGCAACCCUAUCUUCCUACCUAUCCCACCUCCAUCCCAGACAGGUCCUUCCCCUUCUCUGUGCAGUGGCAUCACCUUAAAAGCCAUAGCAUCACCAUUUGUAAAAGAAAGGGGUUGGAUUGCAAUUAUUUGAGACCCUCCCAGGUGUUAACAUUCCAAGACUCUAGAUUCUAAGGUUUAAAGAGUCUAGAUUCAAAGAUUCUAGGUUUCAAAGAUGCUACGAGUCUUUGGUUCUAAGGACCUGAAAUUCCAAAGUCUUUAAUUCAUUAAAGUGCUAAGGUUAUAAGGCCUA